AUGGAAGACUUUAUACAAAUAUUUGAUCUGUCUCAGAGGGAUAAUAAGCUUCAGAGUGUCUAUGAAGAUAAUAUUCUCCAGGACCCUCUAUUUGAGUCCUUAGAAGAAUUGCUCCAGGAGAAUUAUUAUGAAGGCAAAAGUCUACCAGUUUGUUCCAGAUCAUCUUCUGAUCCUAAAGAGUGCUUUGAAAGCAAUUUAGAUCAAGGUUCCGGUGGACUCUUGCUUUCUAGUCCUUCUAGUAGUUUGUUUGAAGAUAUCAUACUAGAAAGCUCACAUCAGAAUGAAUGAAUUGACAAGUCCCAAAAUGUCUCAUCGAGCCAUAUUUCGAUUCAUUCCAGUUUAUUUCUAAAAUCAACAAGGGCUACUAGAAAGGAUGUCUACAGAAGGAAAAUGAUCAGAGCCAUCAAGAAGUUCUUCUUAAUGUUGUUUAAGCAUCACAACAAUAAGUUGGUCAAUAAAAGAUUAGCAAAUGUAUCUUCAACACAGAUUUUGCAAGCUCUAGAAGACUUAUCAGUGGUGUAUAUUACUACACAAAAUUCUUAUGAAAUGGCAAAGUUUAUGUUCAAAUUUUUAAGCCUCAACUGCCAUGAUCAACUUGAAAAUGACUGUGAAGCGACCAGAGCAGGAACUAGCACACAUGAGUGUAGUCAAAACUAUAAUGAUGUUAAAUUCGAAAGCCUUAUCACAUUAGAAUACUUCAGAACUUUAGUCACUUCAUUUGUAAAUUUGAGAGCACAGAGUGUAAAAACUUUAGAAGCAAUGGAAUCAGCUCAAACAUGGAAGAACCAGUCUAAGUCCAAAGGCAAUAAUUUCACUGCACUGAUAAACACACAUCUGAAGGCCAACAUAGGGGAAAGAGUGGAAGCCUGGCUUAAAGCAACCCAUGAAAGGAUAAUAGAGUAUCUAUAA